ACUGCUGAUAAAAUCCCGGUAGAAGCAGCACCCACUACUCCAGAAGCCAAAUAUCCAGACAAAGAUCCAGUUGGCCAAGAUGAAGCGGAUACCAAGCAAGAUGUUGAAAGUACAAAAGUUGAAGUACAAAACCAAGAAGUGUCAGACAAUUUAGAACCAAUUAGCAUGCAUCCAAUUUACCGAAAGUACUUCAAAAUGGUGAACUUCGGUGUGCCAAAGCCAGCUUCUGUCCACCAAAACCUUGUUGUUUACGGUCAUAACGACGUCUACCCUGGGCAGCAUGUCUUUCCUUACUUUUUUUGUAUUGAGUUACUUUGUGUGGCUUGUGGACCUUGCACUUUUUGCAAAAAGUGCGCCUUUGUUUUGGAACGUUCACCUAAAGACAUUAAUAUCCAAAUUAGUUACCAGACAUUGUCAACAGAAUUAUAA